CGGCGGGCGGCAGCUCACGGUCUUGGCUCCCAGCACAAAGCCGUCAAGUAUUUAGGCCAGGACUUCGAGACCCUGAGGAGGCAGUGCUUGGACUCGGGGGUCCUGUUCAAGGACCCUGAGUUCCCAGCGUGCCCGUCAGCCUUGGGCUACAAGGACCUUGGACCACACUCCCCCCAGACUCGAGGCGUCGUCUGGAAGCGACCCCCGGAGCUGUGUGCCAGCCCUCACUUUAUCGUUGAUGGAGCCAGGCGCGCGGACAUCUGUCAGGGAGACCUGGGUGACUGCUGGCUCCUGGCGGCCCUGGCCUCCCUCACCUUGAACGAAGAGCUGCUUUACCGCGUUGUCCCCAGAGACCAGGAUUUCCAGCAAAACUACGCGGGGAUCUUUCAUUUCCAGUUCUGGCGGUACGGCGAGUGGGUGGACGUGGUCGUGGACGACAGGCUGCCCACCGAGGACGGGGAGCUGCUGUUCCUUCGCUCCGGGACGGGCGGCGAGUUCUGGGGCGCCCUGCUGGAGAAGGCCUACGCCAAGCUCAACGGCUCCUACGAGGCUCUCACCGGAGGGUGUCUGGUGCAGGGGUUGCAGGAUCUCACAGGCGGCAUCUGUGAGUGUUACGACCUGAGGAAGCCUCCGGCCGGCCUGUUUCUGAUCAUCCGGAAGGCCCUUCGUGCGGGGUCUCUGCUGGCCUGCUCCAUUGAUGUCUCCAGUGCAGCUGAGGCAGAAGCAGAGACCACAACCUCCCAGAAGCUGGUGAAGAGCCACGCGUACUCGGUCACUGGCGUCGAAGAGGUGGAUUUCUGGGGCCAUCCCGAGAAGCUGGUCAGACUCCGGAACCCGUGGGGCGAAGUGGAGUGGACGGGGGCGUGGAGCGACAGUGCACCAGAGUGGAAACACAUCGAUCCCAGGCGGAAGGAGGAGCUGGACAAGAGAGCCGAGGACGGGGAGUUCUGGAUGUCAUUUUCGGAUUUCUCGAGGCAGUUCUCCCGGCUGCAGAUCUGCAGCUUGUCCCCGGACUCCCUGAGCGGUGACCAGCUGCACAAAUGGAACCUGGUCCUGUUCAACGGCCGCUGGACGCAGGGCCCCACCGCCGGGGGCUGCCCGAGCUUCCCAGGUGAGGCAGAGGGCCGAGGGGGCCCAGGCGCUUCUGUGGACACGGAGGCGGAGGGGCCUGAGCCUGGGGGUCCGGACGGCCCCUCCGCCCUCUCCCGGGGCCACCGGAGCCCCACCCCGGUGGGGACAGCCUGGUACAACCAUCCACAUCUGCACGCCCGGGCCCUCGUCCUGCUGCGGGUCCCCAAAGACGUAAGCAAGCACCUGCAGAGGCAUCUGCCUCCCACACCAUCCCAAGAGCUGCUGACCCUGGCAGGUGGCAAAGACCAGCAGAGCCCAGCCGACGCGCCCCCGGUCCGGGACUUCUUCCUGGGCCGCCAGCCCACGGCCGGCUCCGACUGCAGCUGCUCCCGGGGGAACCUGCUGGUGCGGCCCUUCCAGGACAGCGACUUCUGCCUGAAGGUGUUCUCGCAGGGCAAGGCCACAGCCCUGGAGACGGGAGGUGUGGUAGCUGGAAACCCACAGGAGCGCCCCUGCCAGGGCUCAGCCACCACACCUGCCCCGAGGCGCUUUCCCGGCUGGCGGCUCUCGGUCACCGGAGCUGCCCGGGCCCCACCGGCAGCAGUGGCCCAGCCUCCUGGUGGACCUCUCCCCAGCCCCCUGCCGCCUCUCUUGCUGCCGUCCCAGGGGGUCCGAGAGGCCGGUGUGCCCGCGUGGAGGGAGCGGUUGGCUUAUGGGGAAACCGAUCACACCCACUCGGGGGCCAUCGACGCCCACGACCUGAGGGUGCCCCUCAGGAAAGCAGGGCCCUCGCGGCUGCUGGGAGGGUGCCGGGCAGAAGGCGCCCUUUCUUGCAGCGGUGGCCGCGAUGUGCGGCUGGACGGAUGCUGCAUCGACUUCGAUGGCUUCUCUGCCUGUGUGACCGGCCCGGAGGCCCUCUUCGAACUGUUGAGGCUGCUGGACGAGGACCAGAGUGGCAGCUCUUCCUCUUUGAGGAACCGCUUGCUGGUGGGACUUGGAGGUUCCUGGACGUAA